GGACUACCCCAAACUUCAUACACUCUUCCCCCCUCCCCCUCUCUCUCUCUCCAUGGAUAUGGAUUCUCCACUUCUCUCACCCAGAGCAGAAACUUGUGAAACUAACGAGAACUGCAUCGUCCCAAUCAACGAGAGCCUCGAGCGCAUGCCCUCCGACGAGCAACGGUACUGGAAGAAUCCGUCCAUCUACACGGUCCCCGCCUCCAUCACCAACCUCAACCUUAAGGCCUACCAGCCGCAGGUUGUCUCUUUCGGCCCCUUCCACCACGACAAGGACCUCCUCCGUCCAAUGGAGGAACACAAGAGCCGCGCGCUCCUCCACUUCCUCAAUCGGUCUGGGAAGUCCCUCGAGCCCUUCCGCAAGUCCCUCAGGGAGGUGGCACGGGACCUCGAGGAGAGAUACGACGUACUGGACAAGAAGUGGAACGAGGGCACGGGGGACCAGUUCCUGGAGCUGAUGAUCAGGGACGGCUGCUUCAUGAUCGAGAUCAUGAGGACCAGCAUAGGGGAGAAGUGUGACUAUGAGCCCAGUGACCCCAUCUUCAGCAUCCACAGGCUGACAUACAUAUCGCCGUACAUAAGGCGGGACAUGCUGAUGCUGGAGAAUCAGCUGCCGAUGCUAGUGCUGUAUCGGCUGGUUGCUGUCGAGAACAAUGGCGAGGAGCGUGACGAAUACAUCAACAAGCUCAUCCUCAGGUUCUACUCACUCCACACGGCCAUCAAGGGGAUGGGCAGACGCUUGCAUGUCGUGGACGUCUUCAGGGAAGGCCUGCUGAUGGAGCCCGAGAAUGUCCAGCACGAGAUGGAAAAUGGUGACAACAACAACCUCAAGCUCUGCUCCCUCGACGCGUGCAUCACGGGGAUGGUCAGAUGCCUCCUGCAUGUCUUGGACGUCUUCAGGAAGUGCCUGGUAAGGGAGACCGAGGAGGUCCAGCACGAGGAGACCGUGCAGAUAGUCCGGCCGGUCACCGAGCUCCACGAGACCGGGAUCCAGUUCAAGAAGAGCCAGACCCGCAGUCUCAAGGGAAUCUUCUUUGCCGGAGGGGUCCUGAGGCUCCCCGUGAUCAAGGUGGAUGACACCACCGAGUCCAUCUUCCUCAACCUCAUGACUUUCGAGCGCUUGCACAUCGGGGCUGGGAACGAGAUCACAGCCUACAUCACCUUCAUGGACAACAUCAUCAACAAUGAGGGGGAUGUCGCGCUGCUCCACACCCAAGGCAUCAUCCAGAAUGCCAUCGGAAGCGACAAGGCGGUGGCCAAGCUAUUCAACUCUCUGUGCAAGGAAGUGCCACUCGCAUCCAACAGCAGCCUUGACGCCGUGCAAGAGAACAUGAGUAAGUACUGCAAGAAGCCAUGGAACAUUUGGAGGGCUAAUCUCAAACACACCUACUUCAGGAAUCCUUGGUCGAUAUUGUCUCUCAUCGCCGCCAUCUUCCUCUUCGCCCUCACCAUAAUUCAGACCAUAUAUAUUGUGCUCAGCUACAAUUGAACCCUCCCGUUGCCUCUGCAUGAUAAUUUCGUUUUUCCAUUUUUGGGUUUUUCUCCUAAUGGCUGUUGUUCGAUAAUUAUCUGUUGAUUGUUGUCAUGAAUGAUUUUCCUCCUGUUUUCAGUCUUGCUUAUUUCCCUCUCUAAUUGUUUUGAACGAUGGACAUUUGGCUAUUUAUAUAUCAUUAUCAGAUGAUGAUUGUCUUGUUUCA